AAUUAUGUAACAACCCACUGCAACUGCAGUAUUAACAGCCUUAGGAGGUACAUAAUGACUCCGAGGCUACUACUACGUGAUAUGGGCUUCUUGUCCGAAUUGGCAGGUCAAUCUCCGAUGGGCUUCGUAGUUAUCCUCUGGGAAGCUAGAACCUAAGUUACCUAACAGCCUGCGCAAACCAGAACGCCAUCACUUGACACGUGCUGCCAUGCCAACAUCGACACCCUGUACCCCCCCCCUAGUGUCUUUGACUUAGUUAGUACGCACAUGUUCAACAGCUUUGGCUUGGAUUAUAAGCCUACAUCGAUGUAAGUAUGGGAUGCAUACAUAUAUAUCUAUUAAGGUAGAUAUAUAAAUACAGACCACCAUGUCCAGUUCCUAGUCCUAGUGUCUAGUCGAACAGAGCGCUCUUCUCUUCUCAUAUUGUCUGCCUACUUGCAAGUUCAAUGAUGAUAAUUCUGCUUGUCCACUUAACAACAUAACACGAUGUAUUUCUCGUGGGCUAUUGCUAUAUCCCUGGAAGUUGUAAUAAUCUCCGCUGCAGCUACUCCUUAUCUCGCUCCACCACAAGACAUACUCUUCCCUUCUAGCAAGACUGCGACAAAUCCCCUUCAGUGGCUAGGUGCUAAUGGCCCCUGGUACGCCGGCCCGGACGUCUUUAAGAUCUCAUCUGAGGUUCCUGAAAAUUGUCAUGUUGAUCGAGCUGCGUACGUUUUGAGACAUGGCUCGAGGUAUCCGGACCAGGGAGCUUACAACGGCUGGGUAUCCAUGUACGAACGGUUUCAAUCUGCCAACUACACACCAAGUGGGAGUCUGUCCUUCUUACGUACCUGGCAACCUGUUCUUACGAAUCCCGAGUUGCAAAUCGCUUUCGAGAACCCUACUGGUGCGAAGGAGUCCUUUGAUUUAGGAUACACGCUACGAACAAGAUACCCUGACCUGUAUCGUGAGGGAGAUGGCUUCAUGGUAUGGGCUAAUAACUAUACUCGAGUACUUCAGACUGCGUCCAUGUUUGUUCAUGGCUUUUUAGGCGCUACUGCGUCCAAGAAAGGGAGCGUCAUCUCGGUAACAUCUCGAGGUUUCCCUGCCAGCGUUGGGGAUUCACUUGCCCCUUCGGACAUGUGUCCUAAUUUCAAAGACUUGGAGGGAGGAGACUAUAAGACAUCAUGGGAUAACAUAUGGAUCCCACCCGUCCAAAAACGGUUGCAGUACCUGAUCGAGGGUAAUUUGACUCUUACAACUAGCGAUGUGAACCAGAUUCCAUAUCUAUGUGGCUUCGAGAGUCACAUCACCGGCCGCCUUUCACCGUGGUGUAGCGUGUUCACCGACGAGGAAUUGAAGCAGUACGAGUACUCGAACGAUCUUCGAUAUUACUAUGGGAUUGGGCCAGGCACGGAUCUUCCCAAAAAGAUGAUGACCCCGUUCUUAAACGAGCUCGUUGACAUACUGCAAAACGGAACUGUCAAUGGUACUAAGGCUGACGGAUCACUGUUCGAAUUGCCAAAACUCAUCAUGUCGUUCUUGAAUGAUGGUCAGUUGACAGAACUUGUCACCGCAAGUGGAGUUUUCGACGGACAGCCACCGUUAUCCCCUAAAAAGAAGGACGACAAUAGACUCUGGGUAGGCUCGAGAUACGUGUCGAUGAGGGGCACUGUCGCAUUCGAGCGUCUCAACUGCCUUGGAGAGGGUCAUCCGAGCUCUUCCAGGCUGGAAAAAGUUGUGACCAAUACCACAUACGUCCGCAUCCUCUUGAACGAUGCGGUUUAUCCGAUCCAAUCCUGCAAAAAUGGGCCAGGAUCGUCCUGUAAGCUGAGCGACUAUGCGAGGUAUAUCAAAGCCAAGUAUGCUUCGGAAGGAAACUGGAUUACCAACUGCAAUGUUACGAUUACCGACGACACGCCAACGACUGUGAAGGGUGCAAGCUUCUUUACGGAUCUUGGUAAGUCCUGGGUUAAGCAGCUGGGGGUUUGAGGUGUAGCAUAUAGGAAUAUAACAAAAAGUAAUAAACUUGGUUCUGAAUAGGGAACAUACUAUGUACAUAUGUUAUCCCCAUGAUAUUAUUAUCAAUACCUACCUAUGUAGGUCCUAGGAUAGGAUAUGUGUAGAAUUCAAUGUUGAAGUUCAAGGUUUCCAGGUUGCAA